AUGACUUCUAGCGAUUCCGAGGGGUCGGUACGGUCGUGUAUCAACGUCGCCGUACUUCCCGAAGACCUAGCCGCUGCCUUCUACCCCGAGGGCGGUACCCAGGCAUGGCUUGCCGUUGCGGGCUCCUUCCUCGUUUACUUCGCAUCUUUCGGUGUCGUGAACAGCUUCGGCUUCUUCCAGACCUUUUAUCAACAAGAGUACCUGAAGAAUUACUCGCCCACCGCCAUUUCCUUCAUCGGAACCCUGCAGAUCACCCUGAUGUAUCUGUCGGGUGCUGUUGCCGGAGCACUGUUUGAUCUCUACGGUCCCAAAUGGCUCUACCUGUUCGCUGCCAUUGGUGGUGCCGGCUCCAUGCUUGCGACAUCCUUCACGCAGCCGAAUGCAAUCUGGCAGCAAUUUCUGGUCCAAUCUCUUCUCUUCGGCCUCACAGUCGCCUAUGGAGUGCAACCCGCUCUCACGGUUGCAGGGCAGUAUUUCCACCGCAAGCGUGCUCUGGCCAUGGGAAUCGUCGCCUCCGGUAGCAGUUUCGGAGGAGUCUGCCUGCCAAUCAUGUUCUCCAAACUGAUUCCCACCAUUGGUUUCCCGUGGGCACUGCGUGUCGGGGCCCUGAUUAUGGUCAUCUGCUACGCUAUAGCCAUAGCCGUCUCCUCGUCCAAACGACCCAAGAGGAAGAUGAGAUCUUUUAGGGAUCUGCUUGACUACAAAGGCUUUCUCGACAUCCGAUACUCUUGUCUCUCGCCGGAGCAUCUUUUUGGUCGCAUCAUCGGCGGUCACUCGGCGGACCGCAUCGGACGGCUGAACUUUCUCUACCCCAUGAUCCUUCUAUGUGGGCUUUUGUGCGUGGCGAUGUGGCUCCCUGCUACAACCCCUGGCGUUCUGGCUGGCUUUGCCUGCCUCUACGGCUUCGCAUCUGGGGUUUUCAUCUCAGUCAUGCCUGCCGCCACCGGCCAAAUCAUCCCUGCUGAUAGGUUGGGCGCAAGGCUCGGCGCCUUUGGCACCGUUACGUCUAUGGCGUUUUUGACUGGCAGUCCAAUCGCUGGCGCGUUGAUUACAAGCGAGACCCGAGCCGGGUACCAUUCUCUGAUCAUCUUUGCAGGGUGUUGUCUGCUCGGAGGAGGAGCCAUCAUCUUCGUUGCUCGACUCCUGCACGACAGAAACCUCAAAAGCAAAUGGUAG